AUGUUCCAGGACGUUGAGGUGUUUGUCAAGGAAUGGGCGACCCCGAAUCCAGGACCCUCAUCUGGAAACAUUGAACCCACCGGUCCAUUCGAAGUAGAGUCCAUGGAUUUUGUCACACACCGUCCGAAGUCUGAACGUUGGAAUAAGUUCCUACUCUUGUUUCAAAACAUGUUCACAGGCUACGUUAUGUGCAAACCCAUGCGCAGUACUACCGCUCAAGACUGCGCCGAAGCCUAUGAGGAAGUAGUGUUCAGGAACUAUGGUGCAAACUCUGAAAUACGUCACGACAGAGAUCCGAGGUUUAUGAGUCGGGUGUUCCGCCGUUUUAGUGAGAUGAUGGGUAUCUAG